UUCUCCUUUAUUCUUUCCUUCGCGGAGCCCCUCUCUCUCUCUCUCUCUCUCUCUCUCUGCAGACUACAGACUACGGAGUGAUCUAUUAAAGCAAAAUAAAAAUUUUAAAGCGGUAAAAAAGGAAAAGAGAAAAAUUCGUUAAAAAGGGGAUUAAAUCUACUCUCCUCGGCUCCCAAUCCUUCGUCGUCCUCAUAAAACCCUAAUCUCCACACCUCGGCGAUCCUCUGAUGCCACUGAGCCGAUCAACGAAGUGAGGUUUCCGAUCGCACCGGGGCCCGAUGGAGGGGGCCGGCGGCGGCGGCGGAGGAGCAGGUGGAGGAGGAGCUGCUGCUGCUGUGGCGGCGGCGGCGGCGGCGGGGGCGAACCCUAGCUUGAACGGGAACGCGCCGCCGCCGUUCCUGAGCAAGACGUACGACAUGGUGGACGAUCCCGCGACGGACGCGGUGGUGUCGUGGGGGAACGGGAACAACAGCUUCGUGGUGUGGGAUCCCCCCGAGUUCGCGAGGGAUCUACUCCCCAAGUACUUCAAGCACAGCAACUUCUCCAGCUUCGUUCGCCAACUUAAUACCUACGGAUUUCGCAAAGUCGAUCCUGAUCGAUGGGAAUUUGCAAAUGAGGGCUUCUUAAGAGGCCAAAAGCCUCUUCUAAAGACUAUCAACCGACGGAAAGCCUCCCACCCACCAUCUCAGCCACAUAAUAAUAAUGCUUCAGUUGCAGCCUGUGUUGAGGUGGGCAAGUUUGGUUUAGAUGAAGAGAUCGAGAGGCUCAAAAGGGACAAGAAUGUACUAAUGCAAGAACUUGUCCGGCUUAGACAGCAGCAGCAAACCACCGACCACCAACUACAAACCCUCGGCAAUCGGCUACAAGGGAUGGAACACCGGCAGCAGCAAAUGAUGUCAUUCCUGGCAAAAGCCGUGCAGAGCCCUGGGUUUCUCGCCCAAUUUGUGCAACAGAACGACUCCAAUAGAAGGAUAGUUUCCGUAAAUCGUAAGAAAAGGAGGUUACCCAAUCAAGAAGGGAGUCCAGAUGGCCAAAUAAUAAAGUAUCAGCCUUUAAUGAAUGAAGCAGCCAAAGCAAUGCUGAGAAAGAUAUUGAAUAUGGACUCACCUCCUUGUUUCGAUUCCUCAAAUAGUUCUGAUAGCCUUUUACUGGAGAAUUUCGAGGGCGCCUCUUCUACUACUAGGAAUUCUGGAGUUACCCUUGCGGAGGUCUCUUCUUUUUCAGCUGAAGCUCAAUCUCCCACAAUUAAUUUAGCAGAUAAGAACUCACCUACUGUUCCUGGUACGAGUAUUCCCGAUUUCCCAGAGUUACAAAAUAUGGUAACUGAUAAGAAUUCCACUGUAGACGUUCCUGAGAAGAGCUUCGUAGUGCCCGAUCCAGAGGGGAUCUAUGUAAACCCUAAUGCAGCCGAAGAGGACGAUGUGGUGCCUAUUGAAUUGGAUGGUUUAUUAUACGAUGGGGACCAGAAGCUUCCAGAAAUUAUCGACUCUUUCUGGGAGCAAUUUCUUGCAACUAGUCCUUUACUAGGCGACUCGGAGGAGGUUGAGUCGAGCGCACAGAACAUGGAGCAUCUCACAGAACAGAUGGGGCUUCUUUCAUCUGACCCCAGAGUUUGAUUUCCUUUUUCGCAUGUAUAACUAUAUAAAUUUGCAAUCGCUGCGAAGAUAAUGCGGAGUACCCUGGAUUUAGGAUUUGUGGUAUCAUGGAGAGUUUUGGGGCUUACUGUGAGCUUGCGAUGGCUGCUAUUAUAUUAGAAGAUUUUAAUCUUCCACUUCUUACUCGUGGUCGUUUUGACAGAUA